UCUUACCAACCAGCUCCUGAAGAACUAACAGAUGACCACCCACCAGACUACAGAGGAUUUUUUAUUGCAUCCAGACUGGAAUUAGCUCUGAGAUACUACUUGGGGUGGACAAUGAACAACACUUCUCAGUGCCUUGAUGAUCACACUCUGGAUAAAUAUUUGUUUCCAUUUGUAUACAGCAUUGUGAUGAUGAUCAGUAUUCCCAUCAACUGCAUAUGCCUCUAUGCAUCUUGCAUUCAGGUGAGGAAAAAGAAUGAGUUAGCAGUCUACAUCUUCAGCUUAUCCCUGGCUGACCUUUUGUACUCUCUGAUUCUGCCUCUGUGGAUUGAUUACGCCUGGAAUGGAGAUAACUGGAGGUUCUCUGCCUUGCUUUGUCAGAUUUCUGCCUUCCUUAUGUAUAUGAAUUUCUACACCAGCACAGCGUUCCUUGCUUGCAUCUCCAUUGACAGGUACCUGGCAUUAGUUUACCCUUUGAAGCUCCAGCACUUACGCACAAGAAGAUUUUCGUUGCUUGUCAGCAUAUUUGUUUGGCUUCUGGAAAGCAUCUUGAAUUCAGUCAUAUUGAUGAAAAAAGAGGUUUUCAAUGAUCCUUGCCAUUUAACUCAUCAUACAUUAUGCUAUGAUAAAUAUCCCCUCGAGUGGUGGCAGUCACAGAUAAAUAUAUUCCGGAUAUGCUCAGGGUACCUUGUCCCUUUGAUAAUCAUCAUGUUUUGCUACCAUAAAAUCUACCAAGUAGUGAGGUAUAAUCAAGCCACAGUAGAUGAAGAGAAGAAAAAAGUGAGGACACUUAUUCUGAACAUCACAGUUACUUUCAUUGUUUGUUUCACUCCUUAUCACAUCACACUGUUUAUUCGCAGCAUCAGAGAUCCUUACACCACUGACCCACAAAUUUUGCAGUUGAUGUAUAAAGGGUACAGAAUCACACAGGCCUUAACAAGUUUGAAUUGCAUUGCCGAUCCCAUUCUCUACUGCUUUGUGAGUGAAACUUCACGAACGGACAUAAGGAAUUUGCUCAGGUGGUGUUUGUGCCUACAAAAGCAUGAGGGAAACCAAGUGAAAGACCAUGCUCUGAACAGUUCUGCUGAUCACCUACAACCUUCCUGUGAAACAGAGACUGUCAAAAAUGCCUGA